AUGCGCCAGCUGGAGGACGUCCAGCUGUCGCUCGCCGGCGCGAACGGCGCGCCGUUCCCGGGGCACAUCCUCGUCACCGGCGGCGCCGGGUUUAUCGGCUCGCACGCCACCCUUCGGCUCCUCGAGGACGGGUACGCGGUCACCAUCGUCGACAACUUCUCGCGCGGCAAUCGCGGCGCCAUCGAGGCGCUGCGCAGACUCGCGCCCAAGCACAAACUCCGCGUGGUCGACGGCGACCUCGGGGUCCAAAGGGAUCUCGAACGCGCGUUCGGUAAGCACAAGGUGGACGCCGUGAUACACUUCGCGGCGAUAGCCUACGUCGGCGAGUCCGUCGCUCAGCCCCUGGCGUACUAUCGAAACGUCACCGUCAACACAAUCGGGCUGCUCGAGGCGAUGCGGAGGCACGACGUGCGAAAACUCGUGUACUCGUCCACGUGCGCCACGUACGGCAACCCCGACGAGUUACCCAUCACGGAAAAGACCCCGACGGUGCCAAUCAACCCGUACGGUAAGUCCAAGCUGUACGCGGAGGACGCGAUUCGCGAUUUCGCCGUGGCGAACAAAGACUUCGACGCCGCCAUCUUGCGAUACUUUAACGUGUUCGGGUCGGACCCCCGCGGGCGGCUGGGCGAGUUCCCGCGGCCGGAGCUUCGGGCGAUGGGGCGCAUCAGCGGCGCGUGCUUCGACGCCGCGCUCGGGAACAUCCCCGAGCUCGUGGUCAUGGGCACGGAUUUUCCGACCAGGGACGGCACGUGCGUCAGGGACUACGUCCACGUCGCCGACCUGGUGGACGCGCACCUCGCGGUGCUGGGACACGUCGCCAACCCCCCGGUGCUGUACAACGUGGGCACGGGCAAGGGCGUCACGGUGCGGGAGUUCGUCGACGCGUGCAAGCGCGUCACCGGCGUUGACGUGACGGUGCGGGAGCAGCAGGAGAGCCGGCCGGGCGAUUACGCCGAGGUGUACGCGGACGUGAGCAAGAUCCGCGAGGAGCUCGGGUGGGAGGCGCGGUACGUGGACCUGGAGGAGAGUUUGGGGCACGCGUGGGCGUGGAGGAGCGCGCACAAGGCCGGGUACUGA